AUGAAACUCAACACGAGAUUUCGCAAGGAGACUAAGGUCAACAACGACCCUGCCCACGCAAAGCAGGUGAAUCCCGAUUCCACUCAAUCUGGAGAUGGAGAAGAAGUUCGAGAGACAGGCGCAUUGUCUGAAAAUGGUCCGGUGAACCGUCUCUCGAAGAAAAAUCUUACCCUGGUCAUUGCUGCCUUGUGUUUAGCUGUCUUCUGUCAAGCACUAGAUACCACCAUUAUCGCAACUGCAAUCCCACGCAUCACUGACGAGUUCAGCUCACUCGAUGAUGUUGGCUGGUACGGCUCAGGGUAUCUCCUUGCUAACUGUGCCUCUUUGUUGUCAUAUGGAAAGCUUUACAACCUUUUUCCUGUCCAAUGGGUGUUCCUAGGGGCAUUGGGCGUGUUCGAGCUCGGCAGUCUUGUAUGCGGUGCGACACCAUCAUCGGUCGGUCUAAUCAUGGGGCGAGUUAUUCAGGGCAUUGGCGCGGGCGGAUUACUUUCUGGUGGAACCCUGAUUAUUGCUGCAACUGUACCUCUGACAGUGUAUCCACUCAAUUCAAUUUAG